AUGGCAACCUUUGGGGAUAUAGGGCUUGCAGCUGGAGUCAAUAUUCUCAGUGCGUUGAUUUUCCUUGUAGCAUUCGCUAUCCUAAGGAUUCAACCGUUUAACGACAGAGUGUAUUUCCCAAAAUGGUACCUCAAGGGUUUAAGAAGCAGUCCCACGCAAUCUGGUGCAUUUGUUUCCAAAUUUGUCAAUCUGGACUGGAGGUCAUAUAUUAGGUUUCUGAAUUGGGUUCCAGAUGCAUUGAGAAUGCCAGAGGCAGAGUUGAUUGAUCAUGCAGGGCUAGAUUCGGCUGUCUAUUUGCGAAUUUACUUGCUGGGAUUGAAGAUUUUUGUUCCAGUGACAUUGCUCGCAUGGGCUAUCCUUGUGCCUGUCAACUGGACAAACAACACUUUGGUGAUAUCACAUGCAACUGACAAGCUAGAGUACAGUGAUAUUGACAAGCUUUCUAUUUCAAACAUUCCUCAUGGAUCAAAGAGGUUUUGGGCUCAUAUAGUAAUGGCCUAUGCCUUCACUAUUUGGACUUGUUAUACCUUGAUGAAGGAGUAUGAGGCAGUUGCUACAAUGCGCUUACACUUUCUUGCUUCAGAAAGACGUCGGCCUGAUCAAUUUACUGUUCUCGUGAAAAAUGUGCCACCUGAUCCUGAUGAAUCAGUGAGUGAAUCUGUGGAGCAUUUUUUCUUGGUCAACCAUCCAGAUCAUUAUCUGACCCAUCAGGUUGUGAUCAAUGCCAAUAAACUUGCAAACCUUGUCAAGGAGAGAGAGAAGAAGGAAAACUGGCUUGACUAUUACCAAUUGAAAUAUACAAGAAAUCCAUCACAACGGCCUAUGACAAAGACUGGUUUUCUUGGCCUUUGUGGAAAUAAAGUGGAUGCGAUUGAGUAUCAGACAGCUGAAAUUGAGAGACUAUCAAAAGAAAUAGAUGAAGAACGGGAGAGGGUUAAAACUGAUCCGAAGUGCAUCAUGCCAGCAGCUUUUGUCUCUUUCAGAACUCGGUGGGCUGCUGCUGUGUGUGCACAAACACAACAAUCAAGGAAUCCUACUGUGUGGUUAACAGAGUGGGCUUCAGAGCCACGGGAUGUUUACUGGAACAAUCUUGCCAUUCCCUAUGUUUCACUGACUAUUAGAAGGCUUAUUAUUGCAGUUGCUUUCUUCUUCCUCACGUUUUUUUUCAUGAUACCAAUCACUGCUGUGCAAUCCCUUGCAAACAUAGAGGGCAUUCAAAAGAGGUUACCAUUUCUUAAGGCGAUUACUGAUGUCCCUUUCAUCAAGGCCUUCAUCCAAGGGGUUCUACCAGGGAUCGUUCUGAAGAUCUUUCUUAUUGUGUUGCCAACAAUUUUGAUGAUGAUGUCCAAAUUUGAGGGUUUCCUGUCGAUAUCAGCCCUUGAGAGGAGAUCUGCCAUGAGAUAUUAUAUAUUCAACUUUGUGAAUGUUUUCCUUGUCAGCGUAAUCGCAGGAACUGCAUUGCAACAACUCAAUAGUUUUCUUCAUCAGUCACCACAGGAGAUCCCCAGAACAAUUGGUGUGGCAAUUCCUAUGAAAGCAACUUUCUUCAUUACAUAUGUAAUGGUUGAUGGAUGGGCUGGUGUUGCUGGUGAAAUCCUUAGACUGAAGCCACUGAUAUUUUACCAUCUGAAAAACUUCUUCUUGGUGAAGACUGAAAAAGAUAGGGAGAAGGCCAUGGAUCCAGGAAGCAUUGGUUUUAACACGGGCGAACCUCAGAUACAACUAUAUUUUCUGCUAGGCCUUGUCUAUGCUGUUGUCACACCUGUUUUCCUCCCUUUUAUAUUGAUUUUCUUUGCCUUCGCAUAUCUGAUAUUCCGCCACCAGAUCAUUAACGUAUACAACCAAGAGUAUGAAAGUGCUGCGGCAUUUUGGCCAGAUGUACAUGGGCGCAUAAUUGUUGCCCUUAUGUUCUCGCAGCUAGUUCUUCUCGGAUUGAUGGGCACUAAAGGGAUCUUUCAGGCUCCACCCCUCCUCCUUGUGCUCAUUGUGUUGACCUUCUUUUUCCAUAGGUACUGCAAAGGCCGUUUCGAACCAGCUUUCGUUAGAUACCCUCUACAGGAAGCAAUGAUGAAAGACACCCUGGAGCGCGCAAGGGAACCGAACCUGAACCUGAAAUCCUAUCUCCAGUCUGCUUACAUUCACCCGGUUUUCAAAGACGAGGAGGAUGAGGAGGAUGAAAGUCUCAACGGAAAAUUAGACGAUGAAAGCGUGAUUGUCCCCACGAAAAGACAGUCGAGAAGGAAUACACCUUUGCCGAGUAAAGUCAGUGGCGGGUCUUCCCCAUCACUUCCGGAUAUUGUUCCUGAAAACUUUUGA